AUGGCCCCGGCCCCGGCCCCGCCGCGCCGCCCCCGGCCCCGGCUCCCGCUGCCGGUGCCGCUCCCGCUGCCGGUGCCGCUCCCGGUGCUGCUCCCGCUGCUGCUCCCGCUGCUGCUCCCGCCGGUCGCUGCCUUCAACCUGGAGGCGUCGCGGCCCGCGGUCUUCCGCGGGGCCCCCGGCUCCUUCUUCGGCUUCGCGUUGGACUUUUACCUGCCCGAGCCCCGCAGUGUCAGCAUCCUGGUGGGGGCCCCCAAGGCCAACACGAGCCAGCCCAAUGUCACCCAGGGGGGGGCCGUGUUCCACUGCCCGUGGCCCCCCGGGGGCGGCUGCACCCCCAUCGACUUCGACCACAUCGGGACCCGCACCCACGACUUUGGGGGCAACAGCAGCGACGGCCCCGAGCCCGUGGAGUUCAAAUCCCUGCAGUGGUUCGGGGCCACCGUGAGGGCCCACAACGGCUCCAUCCUGGCUUGUGCCCCCCUGUACAGCUGGAGCCCCCCCAAGGAGGAGGGGGGGGCGCGGGAGCCGGUGGGCUCCUGCUUCCUGUCCCUGGGCAACUUCUCCAAGUUCGUGGAGUACGCGCCCUGCCGCUCAGACCUGAACUCGGCGGCCGGGCAGGGCUACUGCCAGGGGGGCUUCAGCGCCGAGUUCACCCAGACCGGCCGGGUGCUCCUGGGGGGGCCUGGCAGCUACUUCUGGCAAGGACAGGUGAUGUCGGCCACCCAGGAGCAGAUCGCGGCCGGGAACUUCCCCGAGUACCUGAUCCAGGAGGUGCCGGGACAGCUGCAGACACGCCAGGCGGCACCGAGCCACGACGACAGCUACAUGGGCUACUCGGUGGCAGUCGGGGAGUUCAGCGGUGACACCACGCAAGACUUCGUGGCCGGUGUCCCCAAGGGCAACCUCACCUACGGCUACGUCACCAUCCUCAAUGGCACCAACAUGAGGUCCCUGUACAACUUCUCGGGGGAGCAGAUGGCCUCGUAUUUUGGAUACGCCGUGGCUGCCACCGACGUCAACAACGACGGGCUGGCGGACCUGCUGGUGGGGGCGCCGCUGUUCAUGGCGCGCAGCGGCGCGGGGGGGGCGCGGGAGCUGGGCCGCGUGUACGUGUUCCUGCAGCGGGGGGGGGCCGCGCCCGCCGCCCCCGCCGCCCUCACCGGCCAGCACGAGUUCGGCCGCUUCGGCAGCGCCAUCGCCGCGCUCGGAGACCUGGACCGCGACGGAUACAACGACGUGGCCGUGGGGGCCCCGCUGGGGGCCGAGGGUCGCCGCGGGCUCGUGUUCAUCUUCCGGGGGGGGGGCGCGGGGCUGCGCCCCCGGCCCGCGCAGGUGCUGCGGGGGCUGGGCGGGCCCCGGGGCCAGCCCGACUUCUUCGGGGCCGCCCUGCGCGGGGCCACCGACCUGGACGGCAACGGCUACCCCGACCUCCUGGUUGGUGCCUUCGGGGCGGACACAGCCGUGGUUUACAGGGGCCGCCCCAUUGUCCACGCCAGCGCCACCCUGGCCAUUGUCCCCACCAUGUUCAACCCCGAGGAGCGCGGCUGCAUCCUGGCGGCCAGCGGCCACCACGUGUCCUGCAUCAAUGUCACCUUCUGCCUCAACGCCUCCGGACGUCACCUGCCCGGACCCAUUGGGCUGGCGCUGGAGCUGAGCGUGGACGGGGCCAAGGCGGGGGGGGCGCGGCGCGCGCUGUUCCUGGGGGGGGGCGCGGGGGGGGCGCCCCCCUCCCCCACCCGGAACCUGUCCCUGGAGGUCCCCAACGGGGGGACCCCGCGCUGCCGCACGCUGGCCGUGUUCCUGAGGAACGAGUCCGAGUUCCGGGACAAGCUGUCGCCCAUCCCGGUGUCACUGAGCCUGGCCCUGGACCCGGCCGUGUCCCCUCCCCCGCCGGGGCUGUCACCGCUGCUGGCCCCGGCCACGCGCACGCGCCUGGAGGCCAAGGCCCACAUCCAGCUGGACUGUGGUGAGGACAAUGUCUGUGUCCCCGACCUGCAGCUCGAGGCCACCACGGACCGCCGGGCCGUGUUCCUGGGGGACAGGAACAGCCUGAACGUGACGUUCCACGCGCGGAACGUGGGCGAGGGGGGGGCCUACGAGGCCGAGCUGCUGGUGCGGCCCCCCCCGGGCGCGCUCUACUCGGGGGUGCUGCGGCCGCACGGGAAUUUCUCCGCCCUGAGCUGUGAGCUGGGGGGGGGCAACAGCUCGAGCCCCCUGGUGUGCGACCUGGGCAACCCCAUGAAGGCGGGGGCCAGCAUCCGGGGGGGGCUGCGCUUCACCCUCCCCCACCUGAGCGACGACAGCGACAGCGUCACCUUCGAGCUGCAGAUCCGCAGCAAGAACGCGAACAACUCGCAGAGCGCCGUGGUGGCCGUGGCGCUGGCCGUGAGGGCGGCCACCAGGGUGUCCGUGCUGGGGGUGUCCCGGCCCGACGUUGUCAUCAUCCCCGAGGGGGGGUGGGGACCCGACCCCCCCCAGCGGCUGCAGGACCUGGGGCCACCCGUGGAGCACGUCUACGAGGUGGUGAACGAGGGUCCCAGUGCCAUCAGCCAGGGCACGCUGGAGCUCAGCUGUCCCCUGGGCCACCGCGGCCACCCCCUGCUCUACGUCACCGGCCACUCGGGGCUGCCCAACUGCUCGGCCAGCCACGCCAUCGACCCCCUGCGGCUGGAGGAGCAGGAGCAGAGCCCGGGGCUGCACGUCCUGCAGCGCCGGGACACCGGGGACAGCGGGGACACCCUGGGCUGUCCCGAGGCCGAGUGUUUCCGCCUGAGCUGCCCCUCGGGGGGGCUGGAGCGGCAGCAGCGCGUCACCCUGCGCCUCAGCUUCCGCCUGCGGACCCCCCCCCUGCGCCAGCCGCAGGUGUGGCCGCUGUCCCUGCGCUGUGACGCCGAGUUCCGCGUGCUGCGGCUGCCGUACCGCCUGCGGCCCGAGCCACACCCGCGCCACCGGCUCCAGGUGGUGACAGCGCUGUCGCGGGCCCGGCCCGAGGCGGGGGGCGGGGUCCCGGUGUGGGUGGUGGUCCUGGCCGUGCUGCUGGGGCUGCUCCUGCUCGGCCUCCUCUGCUACGGCCUCUACAAGCUGGGGUUCUUCAAGCGCUCGGGGCCCUACGGCACCGCCAUGGAGAAGGCGCAGCUCAAACCCCAGGCGGCCUCCGAGGCCUGAGGGGACCCUGCGGGGACAGGGACACCCGCGGCGGGGGACACCCCCGGCGGGGGACACCCCUGGGCUUGGAGACACCCACCGCAGGGGACACCCACGGGUGGGGACACCCACGGCAGGGGACACCCAUGGCCAGGGACACUCCAUGGCCAGGGACACCCACAGCGGGGGACACCCACGGCAGGGGACAUCCACGGCUGGGGACACCCACGGCUGGGGACACUCCAUGGCUUCAGGACAUCCCAUGGUCUGGGACACUUCACAGCUUGGGGACAUCUCCACAGCUUGGGGACACUCCAUGGCCUGGAACACGUCACAACUUGGGGACAUCCCCACUGUUUGGGGACACCCCAGGGCUUGGGGACACCCCAUGGCCAGGGGGCAUCCCACGGCUUGGGGACCCCCGCAAGGACAAUGUCACCUGCACGGCCAAUGUCACCUGCAUGGCCCGUGUCACCUGCACCGGUGACAUCCCCCACUCCACGCCCCCGGCUGGGGACACCCACGGCGCCCACCCCCACACUGGCACGGCCACCACCGGGCUGAGGACACUGCCACAGAACUGUCACCGGGCUGUCACAGAAUUGUCACCGGGCUGGGGACACUGUCACUGAACUGUCACCCUGCCAAGGACACUGUCCCAGGAACUGUCCCUAGGCUGUCACAGAAUUGUCACCGGGCUCAGGACACUGUCAUUGAACUGUCACCGGGCUGGGGACACUGUCACAGAACUGUCACUGCAUUGGGGACACCGUCCCAUGAACUGUCACCGCCCUGGGGAACCACCAGGACGUGUCCCCAUGGCACAGCUGCCAUCACCGGGUUGGGGACACCAAACUGGGAACCCCCGGACUGGGAACAACCCAGGAUGUGUCACCAGCGGGAACUGUCACCACCGGUGGCAACUGUCACCACGGGACUGGGAAUUGUCACCACUGGAAUGCGAAUUGUCACCAGUGGCAAUUGUCACCACCAGACCAGGAAUUGUCACCACCAGGAACUGUCACCACCAGACUGGGAAUUGUCACCACGGGACCGGGAACUGCUGGCACAUGGGGUGACACCGAGCUGGCACCGACACGGCCACUGCAGGGGACACUGGGACACCAGCAGGACACUGAAGGGACACUCCUGGGACACCAGGACACUGCAGGGGACGCUGGGACACCAGGACACCUGUGGGACACCAGGACAUGUCCCCAGCGCUGUCACCUCCCCCGGGACAGGACCCGCGGGUGGGAAAGCCGCGCCCCGCUGGCACCUGGUGGCGGUGUCACGGUGUCACCCUGUCCCAGCGCGACCCGGGGACGCUGCCACCUGCUCCUGGUGCCACCCGCUGCCACCCGCUGUCCCCCGGUGUCACCGCCCUGCACUGCCCUGCCCCCGCCGCGGGCACCUCACUUUGCACUGACCCCGAGUUUGGGGGCACAGCCUCGACCCCCCCUGUCCCCGGGGUGUCCCGGGGUGUCCCCGGUGUCACGGGGGGUUUGCACUAUGGCGGGGGGCGCGGGGGGGGCGGCUUCGGUUUGUAUUUAAUUGGGGGGGGCGGCCUCGGGGCCCCCCAAUAAAUGAGUC